GAGGAGGAGGAGGAGGCGAAGCGCAGUCGUCUUCACGCUCCUGGGGAGUGGCCCUGGCCUCCAGGCCCCCAGCAUCCCGGCACCCCUCGUGCGCGAGGCACGGCUGCCGGAGGCGGCGAGGGGGGCGAACAGCCCACGGGGGGAGCAACAAGUGUAGCCAGGGGCGCCGGUGGUGCGUCCAGGAGCAAGAAGUGCAUCCAGAGGCCGUCUCCCGACCUCCUCCGGAGGGCAGUCGUAGGCCUCCCACACCUCGCGGCUUCCAUCACAGAGGCUGCGAUGGGCCGACCUAUCCGGCCAAUACAAUGCGGGCGCGGCCGCAAGAAACCCUCGCAAGAGACCCAACCCUGA